ACCAAGUCAUCACUUGUCGUACAACAACAUAAAGAACGGCGAUUCAGAUCGACCCUGUCGGCCAGUUAAUCACCUUCGUCUCAAAUGAGGAGGAAGUUGGUGCAGCCCGUGCUGCCAAACCUAUUCUUCAGAGACGGCGAGCUUGCGAUCCCUGGUUACGCAUUUGAAACAGCCCAUGAAUGGUCUGAUACGGGUUCCCAGACAAUUUUGGCUGUAGGAGUCGACUUGCGAGAUGGUCAGAAUGUCUUGGCUAAGAUCGCGCCAGCCUCCGGGAGCGGAGCAAUUUGCCUGGAGCGCGAAGCUCAUAUUCUUGACCAGCUUUCCGGCACAUCGGAGGCUACCAGCAUCGUACUGCGCGUCAUAGAACUCAUGACACUCCCGAGAGAGAGCGGAGACUGCGUCAUCCUGCUUGUCGCGUAUCCUGGUCCCAAUGACCUCGGCCGCUACUUCCCUCCGUCAAAAGUGAACGAACUUCUCCUGGCGACCACCCCGGAAAAACACUCUUCAAAGCCUCAGGACGACGUGUACUCGGGCAACGCUAGCGAAGAAGAUUCCCAGGCGGAUUACGAUGAUUAUACCAUGAUGGAUCUAGCGUCGUUUCUGGAAUUCGCUAUUCAAUCAACGCAUUGCUUGGAGCUUGUUCAUAGACAUGGCAUCAUCCACCGCGAAGUCCGCGCUAAUGCAUUUCAUUUGAACGGCCAUUCGGGUUUGGUGCGAUUUGCGCACUUUGGGAACCGAUCAAUCUCGCUCGAGCAACUAGGUGGUCCUUCAGCUCUAGUGAUCGCGGCGGAUACUUUGGAAGAACUUUCGAAACGGAAAGUCAAGGAGGCACUUUGCUAUCUCGCUCCAGAACAGACUGGAAGUGUGGAAACGGCGCACGAAGAUCAUCGGACUGACUUAUAUUCGCUUGGUGUCCUGUUCUGGACGCUGCUAGUCGGUCAUGGACAGAUGCCAUUCGAAGGAAGUCCGAUGGAGAUUCUUCAUGCGAUUGCUCAAAGGCGCCCCAUACCCGUUCACGAGUUUAGAAGAGACAUACCACAUGUUGUUGCCCAGAUCAUUGAAAAAUUACUCGCAAAGAGCCCAGAUGCCCGAUAUAACAGUGCGUACGGGCUGAAAGCUGACCUUCUGGAGUGCCAGCGAAGGCUCUUAUCUGCUGUAUCAUCUGUCGUUUCCGAGCAAUCUAUGGAGCUUAUUCCAUCUUUUGACAUAGCCUUGAAUGACAAAUACCUUGGUUUUACUAUUCCGAACGUUUUGUUCGGACGAGACAAGGAGCUUGAAAUCAUCCGUGGUGUCAUUCGACAAGUCGCCUCAAGUCAUGCACGUCAGUUUGGAACACACAGGCCUUCGUUCUCGACGUCUUAUUCUGCUGGUGGCAGCCAGCAAGCGCCGUCUGUACAUACCGAUGUACCUGAUGACCGUAGCGAGUCAGCGAUAUCAUCAAGCAUCUCUGGUUCACCAUCUAGUGUCGUUGUAAGUUUAGCAGCUGGGCCUAGUAUAGCAUCCGAGAGCACUACAAGGCCAACUACCGCGAGGCAUAGCCAAGCUCGAGAGGGCAGUCCUAUCUCAUUAUCGUCUCUAGGACUGGAACGUCAUCGUUCUCGAAAUAGUCGCCAUGCAUCCCGGACCCGGGCAGCACGAAGCGCAACUCGCUCCGUCGUUAUUGCAGGUCCUGCAGGGGUUGGGAAAAGUUCCAUAAUUCUCGCGAACCAGACAAAGUGGAGAGCACAUGGGCUUUGGGGACACGCAAAAUUUCAAAAGCAAACGACAGCCCCAUUCACUGCUAUACUACAAUGUCUUUCUUCUGUACUUCGGCAAUUGAUGAUUUUCCAGACGGACAUACAACGCUUCGUAAUGACUUUACGGAGUAGGCUAGGGCCUCUCUUGAAUAAUGCGCCUUUAUUGUACCAAGGUGCUCCAGAGUUUAAGGACAUGCUCAAAAGGCACGGGGUGGACAUUAAUACCCCAGACCUCGAGCUUCUGUCCACGGCUGAGUUACGCGUUCGCUUUCAGACGUUAGUGGAGCAAGUCUUCGCCGUCCUGGCUGAUGUCCGACUCCUCGCCCUAUUUUUGGAUGAUCUUCAUGAGGCAGACGAAUCAUCAUUGGACCUUGUACAGGCUCUUGCAAAUUCGAAAAGCCGGAUGCUUAUCUUGGGUUCGGUGAGGUCGGAAGAUCCUGCGAAGGUAGACCGACUUCGACAAGUAUUAGGGAGCAAGUCUCGGGUCACUUGGAUAACCCUGGAGCCAAUGAGUGCAGCUAACGUUCUUUCUCUUGUUUCGAAAACUCUACGACGCUCCAAAGACGACUGCGUUCAGCUGUCACGAGUCGUAUAUCGAAUCUCGCAGGGUAAUGCAUUUGCCGUUCGGAAUUUCCUCAUGUCUCUGUAUCGACAUCAUCAGAUCGUCUUCGACUGGCAAUCAAAUUAUUGGACAUUUGACUUGAAGCAGAUAGAAGCUAAUCUUGUUUCCGAGCAGCCGUUGACAUUGCCUGAUCAGCAUAUAUAUCUUGUGUCGCAUUGGCGAGAGCUACCGAGCGAUGCACAGCGCUAUUUGAUUUGGGCAAGUCAUUUUGGAUCUACGUUCAAAGCUGAUGAGGUGGCAUCCGUGAUUGAUUGGGAGGACUCAAGUAGUGGAAGUGAUGGCGAGUCCGAAGCAGACGAAGCAUGGCGAUCACAACCGGUACCCAGUAUGAAAGAGCUGACAGGUCGAAGUGCUACAAGAUCUUCCAUAAAGGGCUUGCAAGCAGCUAUAGCGGAAGGAUGGCUUAUGCAGAGGGCCCGUGACAUGUGUUCCUUCGCUCAUGACAGGCAUCGGCAGACAGCUAUCGCCAUGGCAGAAAAACUGCCGGAGGGUACUAUAGCAAAUAUGUCUCUUAGAAUAAUUCUUAUGCUACGUCAAGAUGAACGAGUAGUCGACCCUUAUCGUAUAGCAGAACAUGCCAAACGGUGCCUUAAUCUCAUAAAGGAGAAUCAUAUCAGAAAGGAAAUUCUUGGACAGUUACAUGAAGCUGGUCUUGCCGCGUGGGCCCGCGGUGCACACGAGCUUGCCCUUGAAACGCUGAAGAACGCUCAGUUUCUGCUAACAGACGAAGAUUGGGUAGUCGACUACUCAAGGACUUUCGCUCUUUAUCUUAAAUUAGCUGAGCUUCAUCAGUGGAAAGGUGAUGUUGAAGCGUCCAAUGUGUGUUUGGCGGAGAGACAGGCGAAUACCCCGGAAGACAAAGCCCGGAGUCUCAAACUUAGGAGUAGCAAUGCCUUUUUAUUGAAUGACUUCGCUGGAGGCCUAGAAAAGACUAUUGAGGCUCUUGAAUUACUUGGCUUGAAAGUCAACUUGGACCCAUCAGCAGAGGAAAUGGAUGCAUUAUUCGAAGAAGUGAAGACUGCGAUUUUAGCUAUCGGGUUUGAAAAACUCGUGAAGCUUCCUCGCGUUGAUGAUCCUCGCGCAGAGCUUAUUAUCCAACUUCUUACUGUUGCAAUACUAAAUGCAUACUGGCGUCAUGGCGAUGGAUUUUCCGAUGUGAUACUUCUCAGCCUCACGAUCAUAAAGGCGGCUCUGAGUUCUGGAAUGUGUGCUGGAGUAUCAAUGGGGUUUUUUUGGGCUUUAGGAGCGUCUGCCGAGCAGCGUGGUCUCUACGACUUCUCGAGAGAACUUGGCCAAGCCGGGCUCCAGAUAGCAGAUGCGCAUGGCACUAGCUCAGACAAAUGUCGUGCACUUGUGUUAUACUGCUCUCUGGUUUCCGGCUACGACAACGUCCAUAUCAGAGAGAAUAUCCCUCGAUGUGAGCUAGCUCUGAAGUAUGGCCUGUCUAGUGGAGACAGGGUAUUUGCCGAAUUUGCACUUAUCCACGGUAUCUUGAAUCGAUUUUUCUGUUGUGAACAUCUCGGAGAACUCUUACCAGAAGCAGAAGACGCAGUAGACGAUAUUAUAUCCUGGACACCUAAAUCGGAUAGACUUACCUUUGCAAAUGGAAUAUUGAUGCUUAUACGAGCUAUCAGUGGCAAUACUGUUCAUUAUUCUUCAACAGCACCAUCAGCUUCAAUACUCUUUGACACCGAGUCAUUUAAUGAACAGGAUUACUUACAGCACGUAUUACUCACGUCGAAUAACCCGCCAUUGGUAUUAGGCUGGUACAAUGCUUUCAAAGUUGUUGGACUUUUUUGUUUUGGGUAUUUCUCCGAGGCUGCCGAAUUUGGAUUUUCGGUACUUGAAUCGGCCAGACGUCAUCCAAACCACCGGCAUAUACGGUUCUCUCUUUGUUAUCACAGUCUAGCCAUGAUCAACUGUAUUAGGGAAAACCAUCUGUCUGAUAUUCAACAAGAGCAAUAUCUGAGGCAAAUUGAUCUGAAUCAAGCAUUCAUUCGCAAAUGGUUAGCAUCGAGUCCAGUCAACACUUCGACUUGGAUUGCUCUUGUGGACGCCGAACUCGCUGCUCUGAACGAUGAUCCAAGUGCACUCAGAAAGUAUGACGACGCUGUAAUGUCUGCACACGAACAUAGCUGGCUCUUUGAAGAGGGUUGGGCUCUCUUUCUGCAAGGAAGCUAUUUAGUUCGUACGGGUGUUUCUGGCCUCGGCAAUGAACUUCGACAUCGAGGUAUCUUAAAACAGUCUAAGUGGGGUGCCAGAGGCAUUGUCAAGUAUCUUUCAUCCAUUGCUGGGGCGUCUGCUGAAAAGACCCGGAAGACGAGCAUCUUCUCGUCAGAUGUAGGCGUUCAGACGGAGAACGUGAUAAUGAAUUUGCGUCAAUCAGCGUUGACAGAUGAACUGCCCGGCGAAGAUUACCGUGGCGAAGAAACCAGUCGAUUGACAUCAUCCGAUCUCUCGGCUAUUCUUCGUUGGAGCAGUGACAUCGCUUCUGACAUAAAUCUUUCCUCAGCUCUGCGAAGACUGACAGAGAUUGCGGCCGAAAGUUCAGGAGCGCAUUGUGCUUGCGUUGUCAUGGCUCGGGAACGUGACUAUACGGUAGCGACUUCGAUGGUACCACCCGCGCCAUGUGUCGUGCAUGAGAACCCGAAGCACAUUCGGACAAUAUCAGAUCCACUUCAGCGAACAGUAAUAGAACAUUGUCUUAACUCGAGAUCUCGCGUGGUUUUUGAUGACAUGGCACUCGAUUCUCGAUUUGCUGCGGAAGCUCAGUAUAGCCCCUAUAGAGCCGUUAUUUGCUUGCCAAUAUACAGCAAUCGUGGACAGACAUUUGGAGCGGUCUAUCUGGCAUCAAGAUAUUCGUUCCUGCAGUCAACCGUGGAUAUUCUCACCUUAUUCCUUCAACAAGCUAGCACCAGCAUAUCUAAUGCUCUUCUCUUUCGCUCGGUUCAAGCAGGGACACGCGAAAACCUCAAGAUGAUUUCAUCCCAGCGAGCUGCACUAGAGGAAGCGCGACGAAGUCGAGAAGAGGCGCUGAAGGCAUCGAAAAUCAAGAGUAAUUUCCUAGCUUCAAUGAGUCACGAGCUUCGUACUCCUUUCAGCUCUUUUUACGGACUUUUGGAUAUUCUGGCUGGCACCGAAUUAAAUGCAGCACAGCAAGAGAUUGUAAUGACGGCUAAAAUGAGCUGUGAACUCCUGCUUAAGAUCAUAGAUUCCAUUCUAGACUACAGCAAAUUAGAAGCAUCUGCUCUCAAACUAGAAUUUUCUGGCUUUCCUGUGGAGAACAUUAUUGCUGACUGCAUGGAGCUGCUCCUUCCAAUGGCAGCUAAGAAGCUCGACAUGUCAUUCGACAUCAGACCAGAAGUCCCUACAUGGGUAGAGGCCGAUUAUGCUCGGAUCCGUCAAGUCCUAAUGAAUCUGAUUGGCAACGCCGUUAAAUUCACUGCAUCUGGCUUUGUUCGCGUCGUCUGUUCUGUGGACCAGACAAGGAUGGCUCAAGCCGAGGAAGGGCAUGUGUUCCUGAAGUUUACUAUACAAGAUACCGGAAUUGGGCUGUCAAAAGCGGACAGAGAACAACUAUUUAUACCAUUUCAGCAAGCAGACACUUCCUCAACGAGAAAGUUUGGUGGCACAGGCUUGGGAUUAAGUAUAUCUCGUCAGCUCGUAAGUCUGAUGAAAGGUGUUAUCGGAGUUGAGGAAACCGAACUUGGAGUUGGGUCCCUUUUCUACUUCUCGAUUCCUGUUAAGGUCUUCGAAUCACAGGAGUCAAGACAGGCAGCUGAGGACUUGGAGAAUCUCAGACAGCUGCUCCUUAAACCACGACCUCCACGAAUAACGAUCUCGUCGCCUUCGGAAACGACCCGUUCCUUGUUGAAUACCUUACUAAACGGCUUUUUUGUGACCUCACUAAAGUCUGUGGAAGAAGUCGAGUUGUCUUUGAAAAACACGGAGGCAAAGAGAACGGCACCGGAUUUCAUUUUGGUUGAUGAACAGUCGGAGGCUCGUGUUAACGAGUUGGCUCAAUAUAUUCGAUUGACUUCUGGUGCUACCAGCGACCCAAAGAUCAUUCAUCUUUUUACCCCUACGUCGGAGACCUUAUCACGUCAACAAUCGACUGGUGCUGUCCAAGCUGGCGUUGUCCGUUUCACAAAGCCACAGCGAAGGCUUCGUCUUCUGCAAACUUUAGCGAGGCUGCGGGGCAUCGGAACCGAUGUAUACCCGGGCCAACCGUCGGAUGUUUCCAAGGCAUUAGAUGCGGAGACCUUACCUCCGAGAACGGUUUUUGGUAGAGUCUUGAUCGCAGAAGAUAAUCCUGUCGCCCAACAACUACUGAAGCAACAAUUGGAGCGCCACGAUCUGAUCGUAACAGCAGCAUCGAAUGGCGAUGAGGCUGUCAAAGAGUGGGAAGCACAUGAACCCGGAUACUUCUCAGUCGCCCUGUUCGACCACCAUAUGCCAAUAUGCGACGGCAUUGAUGCUUGCAAACGGAUCCGCCUUUUGGAGGGUAGAAACAAAGUGACGACAACUCUUCCAAUCGUGGCUUUGAGUGCAGAUUGCCAAGAGUCAACGAAACAGCUAUGCCUGAGCGCUGGGAUGAAUGCUUUUUUCUCCAAACCAUUAAAGAAGGUCGAUCAACUGAAGUUACUAUCUAUGUUUGGGCACCCCACAUGAGAAACAUAGAACGAAGGAAUAUUCAUCGGUAGAUUAAUGUGUUAUUUUAAUAGUCUUCCAAGCGGAGAGUCGGAGCUUUUUGUUGUACAAGUAUUGUGCCUGUCUAUACGGUUUCCUUAUCAAAGAAGCGGCGAUGGUUGGCAAGCAUCAUGACGGGAGAGAUCCAGAAGUUGCGCCGAGAGGCUGAUCUGAAAAAAGCGAAAAUAAACAAUCCACAAUAAUUCUUGAACGAGGUAGUGGGAUAGAUACGCUUACAUAUAUUGAUUUGUUUUUCGUAUGUCUAUCUUUCACUGGUGUUGAAGAUUGCCUAUUUUGGUAUCAGGUAUUGACCCAGGUAACUAUGGGCUUGAGGUGACUCACAAAUUAUUCUUGACUUCCAUCUAGAUCAGAAGAUCCAGAAGCAAAGCAAUGUCAUUCGGAGUCUUAACUCGUCAUGGACGUAAAUCCGGUAACACGAAAGCGGUUGCAUCACGUACACACGGACGACUUUAAUUACUUCCGUUCGAAGUCGGAUUCACACACCGGAAUGACGCGCAAAGAGACCAGUAGAAGUCUUGGUUGAGACUGGCUGCAGUCGUCAAUGCGGGCCAUGAUUACUUCGCACAGUAUCAUAGUAUAAAUGGACUUCGCACCCUCACCCUAUAUGACUGAUAUCCU